AUGCUUCCUACGAUCGUUCGGCGAGCGGCUGAAGCAGCUGGCUCUAAAUUCACAGUCUUCACCAACCCGUAUCGAACCAAAAAAGUCUGGCCUCCCAACUUCACGAACCUGUCCCCUCAGUCACAACUGCGAUUUGAGAAGAAGUACAAGAGACGCCUAGCAUUAGUUUAUGCGCGACCGAGAUGGAACAAGGCUGUCAAGCUUGCGCAGUUGGCAACUGUCAUUGGAUUCCUUGGCUGGACAUUUUUCUUCUCCGAGCUCGAGUUCUUUGGCAAGGAAUACAGGCCGUCAGAAGAGAUCCGAAAGCGUGUGCGCGGUCUGUUUGGCACAAUCGAGUCUGACAAGCGAUACGAACGUCGCAGAGAUGCGCCCGAAGCACCCGCUCCCAUCGAGACCCCCAAAUAG